AUGCUUAAAGACUUAGACACUGGGGGAUUUUUCUUUUAUGAUUUCUUCUUUCAUUUCUUUCAGUCUGGUGUGAUUCUCUUCCAUUUUCAACUUUUCUUUCUUUCUUUCUUUCUUUCUAAUGAAAUCAUUCUUUUUCUUUACUCAGAGUUUUUAUACUUUUUUUCAUCCGUUUAUCUUUUUGUUACAAUUUUCAUUUAUAUCUUUUUCUUCAUUCAUUCAUUCAUUCAUUCUUUCUUUCUUUCUUUCUUUUUCUUUUUCUUUCAUUCAUUCAUUCAUUCUUUCUUUCUUUUUUCAUUCAUUCAUUCAUUCUUUCUUUCUUUCGUUUUUCUUUCAUUCAUUCAUUCAUUCAUUCAUUCAUUCUUUCUUUCUUUCUUUCUUUCUUUCAUUCUUUCUUUCCCAAUUCCUUUAGUUUCUCUUUUCUCGCUUACCACCUUUUGUUUGUCAUUCUCAAAUUCGUUCAAUCCAUGUUUACUUUUCUUUUACUUUAUCAUAUCUAAUUUUCUAUUUUGCGUUCAUCGUCCUGGCCCCAUAGAAGCAACUUCGUUUUCAUAUUUGCUUUCUUCUUCUUCUUCUUCUUCUUCUUCUUCUUCUUCUUCUUCUUCAUCAGUAUCAUCCUUUGUUUCCUCCCCCCCACCAAUCUCUACCCGGUAUCUUAUUCUGAUCUUCCCCCUACUGACUACGCCUCCUUUCCCUCCCGAAGAUUUCUUAUCCUCUCCCUGA